GACUUAAGGAGGGUUUUUUUUUUUGUUUUGUUUUUUGUCCCGGGAGGAAGACCAGAAGGGGCGCGUGAGGCAGACGACGUCAUGCAAAAUCCGUGAGAGCCCGGUAACGAGCAUGCAAUAAAUCGCUCCUCUUAUAGGCAGCAUCGACGGGGGACUGGCUGAGAGCCCGCGGGGCGUCUUAGUUACACACACAAGCACAAGCACAAGCACGCACAAACAAGCACGCACACACUCCCAACUGGUGGUGCGCCGGAGGAUCGCUUGCAGCCUGCUGCUCUCCCUGUUGAACCGUCUGCUCUCUCCUAAUCGGAUCUGGCUGGGGAUUUUCCGAUUUGAAUCUAGGGACUCGAUAAAUCAUCCUGCCACAAGUAACUUUACCAGAAGAAACAAUGGGUUGAACGUUUGGCCCGAAGGCACGAGCCUGAGGACCGCCGACUGUUGAACAUGGCAGCCAUGCUCCCACGGGGACUGCAACGUUGGGGGAGGCUGUGUCGUGGGUCCAGCCCAUUCGCGCCGUUCCUUGUCUUGGUGGCCGUGACGUUCGGUGUGCUAGCCCCACUGGCCUGCCAGCAACUGCUUCAUUCUUACUUCUAUGUGCAACGCUGGUACUUGAACCCAAUGAGCCAAGAUUUCCUGAAGCAGAACCAAGCGGACGGCCAGAGGGCCCUCCAUUACUUUGAGCGGUUGCAGACCCCAAAUUCGUCUGAGACGUUGACCCGUGAGGCCUUGCAGCCGUGGCUGCUGAUUACCAUUGUUACAGUCCAGAGGCGGCACGAAUUCCACUACGUCCUUCAGGUGGCAUCCCACUUCCACCGCCUUCUCCGGGAAUGUGGCGCCCCCUGCCAGCGCCACCGGGUCUUGCUCUGCAACGUGGAAACAGACCCUGGCGGCCACUGGGAUGCCACGCUGCUCGCCAACUUCUUUGCUGUGGUGAACCGCAACAGCAGCCUGAAGAAUUCGGAACUCUCUCUGAACCGCUUUGAAAAGGAGAAACGGGAUUACGCCUACUGUCUUGAGAAAUCGCUCCAGGCUUACAACCCGGAGUAUGUGCUGCUGGUGGAAGACGACGCUGUCCCGGAGGAGGAGAUCUUUCCAGUACUGCACCACUUGUUGCGGGUACGGUUCUCCAGGCCUCACCUCCGGGAUGCCCUUUACGUGAAACUCUACCAUCCCGAGCGGCUACAGAACUAUAUCAACCCAGAGCCCAUGAGGAUCCUAGAGUGGUUUGGAAUAGGCAUGUUUUGGGGGUCGCUCUUGAGUUUUGUUUACGUUUGGGCAUCCAGUCGCUCUGGCCUUAGUUGGCCCAUUGUGCUGUUUUUUGCCCUGUACAGCAUGCUGCUGGUAGAACUGGUGGGCCGCCAUUACUUUCUGGAGCUUCGCCGCUUGGCCCCUCCAUUCUACAACGUCGUCCCUGUGACGGAGUGCUGUACGCCAGCCAUGCUCUUCUCUGCCCCUUCGGCCCGCCGUGUCUUGGGUUACCUGCAGGAGCUGCGCUGCCGCCAAGGCUUUGCCAAAGAUACCGCCCUUUACUCCCUGUUGCGCAUGAAGGGUGAGCGGGCCUUUGUGGUGGAACCCAACCUGGUCAGGCACGUGGGGAUGUUUUCUAGUCUCAGGCUGAAUGACAACCCAAAGCUACUUUGACGGAAAUAGUUGAGCGGAAGCGUGCUGUCGCCAUUGCUAGGCCGGGCUGUACCACUUCAGGCUGCAAGCUGGGAGUUGAAUUUUGAAUGGUUCACGCAGAAAAUACUUAGCACAUAUAGAAUUAGCAUGCGAGGGGAAAGGCUUUAAAUGAGCUUUUUUCCUUCAAAUGGUAACUUUCUGUAGGUCGGGGAAGUAUGUAGGGUAUGUGUAAGGGGAGAAACGACACUAAAUACCAUGCCUGCCUAUCAUGCCUGAAAUCUGAAAUGGUACAUUCCAGCUGUAGAGAAUCACCAGCUGUAAGUUAUACCUCUUACGUAAACAAGACUUCGCAAGUUUGGUGGUUUUUUUUAAGGGUGCACUCCUCUGCACGUUCAGAAUGGGGUGGGGGAGAGUCCAACGACUCCCAGCAUGCCCCAGCCAUCCAUGCUGGGGGUUAUGGGACUUUUUCUGUCUAAAAAUGCAUAGGAUUGUGCCCUGAGUGAUUUAAACUGUUAUGCAUAUAUAUAUAUGCUGUUUGUGUGAGGAACUGUUUUAAGAGAGGCACCCUCUUCAUUGAGAGAUACCAGUUGUCUGUUUAAAAGAUAAAAUAUUUUACCCUUGCCUUAGACUGUCAAAGGCAGUCAUUUUCAGGGAAGAGGGCUGAGUUAAUUCAUUGUUCUGUCAUCUAUUUUUUUUAUCAAACAUCUAACAUGGUAGACCAUCUACUACCUUGCUUUCAUGAGAGACCAGUUUGUGUGCUUCUGCCAAUGUGGUACAGCCCCCUCAUGGGGACGCCCCAAAUUACAAUGCCUUGAGAGAUAGCUUGAUUCAAAUGGCAAAGUCUCCCUACAAGUGGAAAGGAGGCAAAAUUAGCCAUGGUGAUCCUAGAAGAUGUGAUUUUUCCGUUCUUGUUGUACCCCUUUCAACACCGUGAUACCUUUUCCUCAAGGUGGGGAGCUCUUAGGGGUGUUUUCUGUCAAGCACUCUCUUCCCUUAGACAUUAACCAAGGGCCAUUAAAAAUACGACUCAGAAGGUGAGCACUGUUCUGAAGUGUAAGUAAAUGUAAGCAUUCUUACUUGUCCCUUACUCCUUCUGCAUUUCCUACCCCAGGUGCUAGUCAUUCUGACUUCCAUGGUACUUCUUGAUAAUGGCUUCUUAACAAGAAGUACGAGUGCCUUAUCCAGACUAUGUAUGCUGCUUCUGAGAAGCAUUUUCAUUCUUCCCUUGCGCGCUGAUAAUCCAUGUGAAGAGUGGUGGUUUUUUCCCC